AUGAUGCGUACCGGUCUUCCCAUCUUCCAGCGACUAGGCCGCCAGGUCUCUGUCUCCUCUAUCCCCGCGCUUACGCGUGUUGCCGGCGCCCGAGCCUUCUCAAGCUCUGGGUCCUCGAUGGACUACUCACCCCCGCGGAGUUGGACCCCAAUGCCCAUUGUCACCGAGACUGUCGCCGGUGGCUGGCACACCUACGAUAUCUUCUCCAAGCUCCUCAAGGAGCGCAUUGUCUGCCUAAACGGAGAAGUCAACGACGUAGCAUCAGCAUCAAUCGUCGCCCAACUCCUCUUCCUCGAAGCUGAUAACCCGAAAAAGCCCAUCCAUCUCUACAUCAACUCCCCCGGUGGCUCCGUGACAGCUGGUCUGGCAAUCUACGAUACAAUGACUUACAUCGCCGCUCCCGUGAGCACAAUCUGCGUCGGCCAAGCCGCAUCCAUGGGCUCCCUCCUUCUUGCUGGUGGUGCACCCGGCAAGCGCUUCUGUCUCCCCCACUCGUCUAUCAUGGUGCACCAGCCUUCCGGCGGAUACCACGGUCAAGCGACUGAUAUCGCUAUUCAUGCGAAGGAGAUCCUGCGCAUUCGGGCACAGCUUAACAAUAUUUAUAAGCGCCAUUUGAAUGGUCCCAAGAAGCUUGAGCUUGAUGACAUUGAGAAGCUGAUGGAGCGAGAUUAUUUCAUGGGUGCCGAGGAGGCGAAGGACCUUGGCAUUAUUGAUGAGAUUUUGGAUCGUCGUGUUAAGCCAGAGGAGAAGUGA